GUUCCUCUCCCAUCCCCAUCCGCCCGACCUGGCACCCCGGAAGCCGUGGGGAAGAGGGCCGUGGCUGGGCUCAGCCCCGCGCUGCCCCCAGGCGGCCAGGAGAGGAUGGCCCUGGGGAGCAGGGGGCGGGAAGUCGCUCAUACUGAGGGCUGGUCACCACCCCUAAGCCCCAACAUGGAGGAGCUACUCCGGUGCGUGGAGAAGGACCUGAACAUCGAUGCCCGGCAGCUGGCUCCAGCCCCGGGGGGCACCCACGUGGUGGCCCUAGUGCCCGCGCGCUGGCUAGCCAGCCUCCGCGAGCGCCGGCUGCCCCUGGGACCCUGCCCCCGGGCGGAGGGCCUGGGCGAAGCGGAAGUCAGGACUCUUCUGCAACGCUCUGUGCAGAGGCUGCCUCCCGGCUGGACGCGAGUGGAGGUGCACGGGCUGCGGAAAAGGAGGCUGACCUACCCACUGGGCGGCCUGCCUUUCGAGGAGGGGUCCUGCAGCCCAGAGACCCUUACUCGCUUCAUGCAGGAUGUGGCUGCCCAGAAUUAUCGCAACCUGUGGCGCCAUGCAUAUCAUACUUAUGGGCAGCCCUAUAGUCAUAGCUCUGCCCCUUCAGCUGUCCCUGCCCUGGACUCAGUAAGGCAAGCUCUGCAGAGGGUCUAUGGUUGCCCCUUCCUGCCAGUGGGUGAAGCUACCCAAUGCCCAUCAUAUGCAAGAGAUGGCCUCUGUCCUCAUCGGGGCAGCCCGGCCUGUCCCAGUCUUCUGAGAGCCGAGGCUUUGCUGGAGUCGCCAGAGAUGCUGUACAUGGUGCACCCUUAUGUGCAGUUCUCCCUGCAUGAUGUGGUCACCUUCAGCCCUGCCAAGUUGACCAACAGCCAAGCCAAGGUGCUCUUCAUUCUCUUCCGUGUGCUGAGGGCCAUGGAUGCCUGUCACCGCCAGGGACUGGCCUGUGGGGCCCUAUCUUUGCACCACAUUGCUGUGGAUGAGAAGCUUUGCAGUGAGCUUCGGCUGGACUUGAGUGCUUACGAGAGGCCUGAGGAGGAUGAGAACACGGAGACCCCUGUAGUGAGGGCCGGGGCAGGCACUGAGCCUGGAGAGGAUGGAGGAGGGGGACCCGGGCGUUCCAUCCGCCAGGAGGAACUUAGGGACCUUGUGCUAGGCUGGGUCCAUGGCCGCAUCAGCAACUUCCACUACCUCAUGCAGCUGAAUCGAUUGGCAGGUCGGCGGCAGGGGGAUCCUAAUUACCACCCAGUGCUGCCCUGGGUGGUGGACUUCACCAUGCCCCACGGGCGCUUCCGAGACCUGCGCAAGUCCAAGUUCCGCCUCAACAAGGGGGAUAAGCAGCUGGACUUCACUUAUGAGAUGACACGGCAGGCGUUUGUGGCAGGUGGUGCAGGUGGCGGGGAGCCACCUCAUGUUCCUCACCACAUCUCUGACGUGCUCUCUGACAUCACAUACUAUGUGUACAAGGCUCGGCGCACACCCCGGUCGGUGCUCUGUGGACACGUGCGGGCACAGUGGGAGCCCCACGAGUAUCCUGCCAGUAUGGAGCGCAUGCAGAACUGGACACCCGAUGAGUGCAUCCCUGAGUUCUACACCGAUCCUUCCAUCUUCUGCUCCAUCCACCCUGACAUGCCUGACCUGGAUGUGCCGGCCUGGUGUAGCUCUAGCCAGGAGUUCGUGGCUGCCCACCGGGCAUUGCUGGAGAGCCAUGAGGUGUCUCAGGACCUGCACCACUGGAUUGAUCUCACUUUUGGCUACAAACUCCAGGGCAAGGAGGCUGUGAAGGAGAAGAAUGUGUGUCUGCACCUGGUCGAUGCCCACACGCACCUGACCAGCUACGGCGUGGUGCAGCUCUUCGAUCAGCCACACCCCCAGCGCCUGGCUGGGGCCCCUACCCUUACCCCGGAACCUCCACUCAUUCCCAGGCUGUUACUCCAGACCAUUCAGGAGAGCACAGGCCAGGAGGACUUCUCUGGACAGCUUACAAAUGGGGUGGGCAGGCCAGUUUUGGAAGCUACUCCCUGUGAGGCUGGCUGGGCCAGAGACCGGCCCGGGGCAGGGGAGGAUGACUUAGAACAGGCCACAGAAGCUCUGGAUUCCAUCUCUCUUGCUGGGAAAGCAGGUGACCAGCUGGGCCCCUCUUCUUCCUCCUCCACUUCCUCCAGUCAAGCCCCCCCAGGCCUCCUGUCUUUCUCAGGGGCCUCAGCUUCUCGACCAGGCCGCAGGAACAAAGUUGCUGGCACAGACCUUGGGGAAGGUGAGGAGGGCAAGAUUCUUCUUCCAGAGGGCUUCAAUCCCGUGAAGGCUCUGGAAGAGCUGGAGAAGCUGGGCAACUUCUUGACCAAAGGCCUAGGGGGCCGCUUGGAGGUGCCUGAGCAGUCCCAGGUCCAGCCACCUGUGCAGCUGCGGGACCUCUUCCAUCGGGACAUGCAGGCACUGGGUGUCCUGUUGGCAGAGAUGGUGUUUGCCACAAGGGUCCGGACACUGCCACCGGAUGCGCCUUUGUGGGUGCGCUUCGAGGCUGUUCGGGAGCUCUGUUCACGCUAUCCCAAGGAGGUCCCGGUGUCUCUGCAGCCUGUGCUGGAUAUGCUCCUGCAGCUGAGUGGCCCCGAAGGCCCCGUGGUUGCAAGGAGGGGCAAGCUGGACCCACUGUUUGGGUACAGGCCCAUCUCCCAGGGAUUGCCCCCACCCUGCCCGGCCCAGCUCCUCAGCCCCUUCAGCUCCGUGGUUCCCUUCCCUCCGUACUUCCCUGCACUGCACAAGUUCAUCCUCCUGUACCAGGCAAGGCGGGUGGAGGAUGAGGCCCAGGGGCGGGAGCUGGUCUUUGCUCUGUGGCAGCAACUGGGUGCAGUACUGAGUGACAUCACCCCCGAGGGCCUGGAGAUCCUGCUGCCUUUUGUCCUGUCACUCAUGUCUGAGGAGCACACGGCCGUGUAUUCGGCCUGGUACCUAUUUGAACCCGUUGCCAAGGCACUGGGCCCCAAAAAUGCUAAUAAGUACCUGCUGAAGCCUCUCAUUGGUGCCUAUGAGAGCCCCUGCCGGCUGCAUGGCCGCUUCUACCUGUACACUGACUGCUUUGUGGCCCAGCUGAUGGUGCGGCUGGGCCUACAGGCCUUCCUCAUCCACCUGCUGCCCCACGUCCUACAGGUGCUGGCUGGGGGGGAGGCCUCCCAGGAGGAAAGCAAGGGCCUGACGGGGGCUGCUGAGGAUGAAGACAGUGGGCUCCCGGGGGGCAGGCCCAGCUCCUGUGCCUUUGGGGAGGAGAUCCAGAUGGAUGGGGAGGCUGCCACCUCCUCAGGCCUGGGGCUCCUGGACUACACGUCUGGAGUCAGCUUCCAUGACCAAGCCGACCUCCCUGAGACAGAGGACUUCCAGGCCGGGCUCUACGUGGCCGAAUCCCCUCAGCCCCAGGAGGCUGAGGCUGUGAGCCUGGGCCGGCUGAGUGACAAGAGCAGCACCAGCGAGACCUCCCUGGGGGAGGAGCGGGCCGCAGAUGAGGGGGGCGCUCCUGUGGACAAAAGCAGCCUCAGGUCAGGCGACAGCAGCCAGGACUUGAAGCAAAGCGAAGGCUCCGAGGAGGAAGAGGAAGAGGAAGGCUGUGUGGUGUUGGAGGAGGAGGAGGGGGAAGGGGAACAAGAUGAGGUCCCCGAGGCGUCUGAGCUCACCCUGUCUGACACCGUGCUGUCCAUGGAUACGGUUGUGGCUGAUGGCGAUGGGGCAGUUGGCGAGGAAGGCGAGGAGCCACUGACUGAGCAGUCCGAGGGCAAAGAACAGAAGAUCCUUCUUGACACGGCCUGUAAGAUGGUCCGCUGGCUGUCCGCCAAGCUCGGCCCCACGGUGGCCUCUCGUCACGUGGCCCGGAACCUGCUCCGUCUGCUCACGUCAUGUUAUGUUGGGCCCACCCGGCAGCAGUUCACGGUGAGCAGUGGUGAGAGCCCCCCACUGAGUGCCGGCAACAUCUACCAGAAGAGACCGGUGCUGGGCGAUAUUGUGUCGGGCCCUGUGCUCAGCUGCCUCCUCCACAUCGCCCAUCUGUAUGGGGAGCCCGUCCUCACCUACCAGUACCUGCCCUACAUCAGCUACCUGGUGUCCCCAGGUAGCACCCCCGGCCCCAGUCGACUGAAUAGCCGUAAGGAGGCGGGGCUGCUGGCAGCGGUGACUCUGGCACAGAAGAUCAUCGUGUACCUCUCAGACACCACGCUCAUGGACAUCCUGCCCCGCAUCAGCCAUGAGGUCUUGCUGCCUGUGCUCAGCUUCCUCACUUCCCUCGUCACGGGGUUCCCAAGUGGAGCCCAAGCCCGGACUGUCCUGUGUGUGAAAACCAUCAGCCUCAUCGCCCUCAUCUGCCUGCGCGUCGGACAGGAGAUGGUCCAGCAGCACCUGAGCGAGCCCGUGGCCACCUUCUUUCGAGUCUUCUCUCAGCUGCACGAGCUUCGGCAUCAGGAUCUGAAGCUGGAGUCUGUGGGCCGCAGUGAGGGCCAGCUGCCAGAGGUGGUCUUCUCUGACGGGCAGCAGCGGCCAGUGGACCCCACCCUGCUGGACGAGCUGCAGAAGGUGUUCACCCUGGAGAUGGCAUACACAAUCUACGUGCCCUUCUCCUGCCUGUUGGGUGACAUCAUCCGGAAAAUCAUCCCCAACCACGAGCUGGUGGGGGAGCUGGCGGGGCUGUAUCUGGAGAGCAUCAGCCCGAGCAGUCGCAGCCCUGCCAGCAUGGAGCCCACCAUGCCAAGCACUGGCCCUGAGUGGGACCCCCAGGGUGGGGGCUGCCCCCAGGAUGACGGCCACUCAGGGACCUUUGGGAGUGUCCUGGUUGGGAACCGCAUCCAGGUCCCCGAUGACUCCCAGCCUGAGAGCCCUGGCCCGCUGGGCCCCAUCUCUGGGGUGGGCGGUGGGGGCCUCGGCAGCCAGAGCGAGGACAACGCGCUGAAGCGGGAGCUGCCGCGGAGCGCCCACGGGCUGAGCGGGAACUGGCUGGCCUACUGGCAGUACGAGAUCGGCGUGAGCCAGCAGGAUGCCCACUUUCACUUCCAUCAGAUCCGCCUGCAGAGCUUCCCUGGCCACGCUGGGGCCGUCAAGUGUCUGGUUCCCCUGAGCAGUGAGGACUUCUUCCUGAGUGGCAGCAAGGACCGCACUGUGCGCCUCUGGCCGCUCUACAACUCUGGGGACGGCACUAGUGAGACAGCCCCACGCCUGGUCUAUGCCCAGCACCGCAAGAGUGUCUUCUUUGUGGGCCAGCUUGAGGCCCCGCAGUGUGUGGUGAGCUGUGACGGGGCUGUGCACAUCUGGGACCCCUUCACAGGGAAGACCCUUCGCACAGUGGAGCCGUCAGACAGCCGGGUGCCCCUGACCGCAGUGGCUGUCAUGCCUGCCCCCCACACCAGCAUCACCAUGGCCAGCUCUGACUCGACCCUGCGCUUUGUAGACUGCAGGAAGCCUGGCCUGCAGCAUGAGUUCCGCCUGAGCAGCGGGUUGAACCCUGGGCUUGUCCGCUCCCUGGCUGUCAGCCCCAGUGGCCGGAGUGUCGUGGCUGGCUUCUCCUCAGGCUUCAUGGUGCUCCUGGACACCCGUACGGGCCUGGUUCUGCGUGGCUGGCCUGCUCAUGAAGGGGACAUUCUGCAGAUCAAGGCGGUGGAGGGCAGUGUCCUGGUCAGCUCCUCCUCUGACCAUUCCUUGAUCGUCUGGAAGGAGCUGGAGCAGAAGCCCACGCAUCACUACAAGUCAGCAUCUGACCCUAUCCACACUUUCGACUUGUAUGGCAGCGAGGUGGUCACCGGCACUGUGGCCAACAAGAUCGGCGUCUGUUCCCUGCUUGACCCGCCUUCCCAAGCCACCACCAAGCUCAGCUCUGAGAACUUCCGUGGCACCCUCACCAGCUUGGCCUUGCUGCCCACCAGGCGUCACCUCCUGCUGGGCUCAGACAAUGGGGUUGUCCGCCUCCUGGCAUAGGCUGAGGUGGGAGCUGGUCAGGUCGGGGCAGGCAGGCAUCUUCUGGGAGUCCAUCCCCUCACCCCUGUUGCCCCAGUAGCUCCUCCCAGGCAAGCCUCAGGCCCCGUUCCCUAGGCACCCACAGGGCCUGCCAGCUAGGGAGGGGUGGGAUCUGGGCUUCAGAACCCCCAGAGCCACUGAGGCUGCCUGCAGGGAUCUCACUCAUGGCUUGGGAUGAUGCUGCUCCUAGCCAGCAGGAAGCUAGAGAAAGAGUCUGGGAAGGCAUUGCUGCCCUCUUCUCCUCAGCUCUGCCCUCUGGAUUCACAUGGGGACAGGAAGCUCUGGGAAGGGGAAGGGAGACUCGCCCUGCCUAGCCAGUCUCCAGCCUAGGACCCGUCGCUGGGCUCUCUCUGCCCCUGUCCCACAAAGACAGGGAGGCUUUCCCAGUCCAGGACACUGAUGGUGCUUGGACUCCAGCCUCUAAGGAGGGCUGGCCACGGUCCAGGAGUUACGGGCCUUGGGCUGGGGUUUAAGUGUCCACCCAGCCAGACCCUGCCCAGUGUGGGACCAGUAGGGGAAGAAAGAGGGCAGGACCAAAGGAUGGAAGAUGGACUGGGCCAGGUGGUGCCUGCCAGGAGUGACCCCAUGCCUUGCCUGCCUACCCCAAACCACAGUGUUUGUGCCUUGAGCUGACGAGGCAGCCUCUGUGUCCGGAACCUCUAGGGGAGUGGGUCCAAGACCCUGAAAGAAGGGGUGAGAAGAAUCUUCUCUGCAUCUCAGGUCUCCCUCCCCCGGGGGAUAGGAAGACCCAGGCAUCCCCAGGACCUCACAUUCUGGAGCAGAGAUGAGGUCUGAGGUUGGGCCCUGCUGCCUUCUCACUAUUUGCAAUAGAUGUAAAUACGAUCAAUAAAUCCUUUGGAAGAGCCAUGGAA